AUGUUGACUUUGUUUUCGGCUCCAGGAUAUAAAGGCUCAUCAAACAGUGACAUUAAUAUGGGUGCAUCCCUUGAAAUUUCAACCUCAAUGAACAUCUCAAUCAAACAGAUUCAGGUUACCGAGAAAUUUCGCCAGAAACGAAUCACUGACACUGAACAGAGAAAAGCAAAAACAAAUGUCACCAGAGAACUCCCUCAAUCACCGGCGAAAAGCAAUGAAUCGAUGUCGCAGUCAACAUCAUCACUUUUUUGA